CUGUCAUGGUCACUGCUUAAUUACAUAUAAAUAUAGACAACUUGUUUAUAAAGCGACAGACACAAGGAAAUUUGUAAUUGUCAUUUGAUAUUCAAGUUAAUGUUAUAUUAAAUAAUGAAGCUUAAAGUUUGUUUAAGUUUAAUUUUGAUGUUACAUUUUGUUGUUGCACCACCACCGUAUAAUAAAUGGCGCGAUAUAAGCAUGCAGUCAAGAAGGGCUCUCGGAUCAGCUUUUGUUGCAGCGGAAGCACUAGGCGUGACAUUCAAAGCCAUGAUUUCAGCUCAAGAAAGGAUAAAUCCAAAGCCAAAUACUGACGAAUACCGGGUGAAGUUCAAGGCUCUAGACAGUAAAGGUCUUAUAAAACACUGUCAAGCGGAUGUGCUGUGGAAUUUUAAAGCUGCACUUAUUAGAACAGUUUUAAAUGCACAUUGCUGGUGUCCCAAAUAUUGGCAGAGUUGAUGGCAUAAUACUUUUGACAACAACAUUUCUAUUUUAUUAAUUAAUCUGUCAUGACACCUGCAACUUUAUUUUCAAAAUCGUUUUCUCAAUUCAAUUUUUCUAUAUUUGUUACAUCUGUGAGUUGUUUGUUUAAUCUAAGACAUAUUUUACCUUGAGGUUAAGAAAAUGUUAUGAUCACUAAGUAUAAUUGUCUAUUGUGACGUCACAAUAUACCAUAUAUAAAUAUAUGGCAUUUACCUUAUUCAGUGUAUCCAUGUAAAAAUAACAAUUACAUGAAAUAAUCAUGUAUACAAAUGUAAACAUGGCAUAUGACUUGAAAUAAAACAAUAAAGUUCAUGAAAUUA